UGGGUCAAGCUCCUAAAGAAUUCAUCUCAGAGGCAUCUGUAGGUUAUUAUUAAUUUUUCAAAUUUGAGCACUCGAAGAUUUCUAAACAUGGAUGUAGAAAACGCCAACCCAGUUACAUCGAGAAAUGCGGGCGGCAAAAAUAACGGAAAAACAACGACAAACAGAGGUCCACGAACUGCUUUCGGGAAUAUAACAAAUGCGACUGUCGCGGCGCAGAGCCUAAAUGUCUCCAAAGCAGAAAAAGUCGGCGAUGUCGCCAAAUUCAGCCAUUUCGCUAAAGAGAGUAAUCCUCAAAGAAGUCCGGAGCGGUCUGAUGAAAGUAUGGAGAUUGACUCUAUCGGAGAUUCAGAGAUUAUAUUUACGUUGUCUCUGAUUGAAAUUGCUUUCCGUGAGCCAGAGUAUUGUUCAGAUGCAUUGACCUACUGGAGAGAAGCAGAGAGAUUGUUCCUGCCGUCGCCCAGGUACUUGCGUCGGCAGAGAGAAAUUGACAAUGAUAUGAGAUCGACCCUGGUUGACUGGCUUGUCGAGGUAGGGGAGGAGUUCAAAUUAUGUAACGAGACACUGUAUCUAUCAGUCGCUUACGUGGACAGAUUUUUGUCAGUCAUGUCUUGCACGAGAGACAAACUGCAGUUAGCUGGUGUCGCAGCAAUGUUCAUUGCCUCGAAAUACGAAGAAAUUUACCCUCCUACUGCCGUAGAGUUUGUCAACUUGACUGACAAUACAUACAACGCCAGACAGCUGCUGAGGCUGGAAAAAUCAAUGUUGAAAGCCUUGAAAUUUGAAUUAUCACAGCCGUCCUCCAAUGCCUUCUUGAACCAUUUCUUAAAAGAGUAUGAUGACCUAAUUUGCGAAACAGAUCCAGAAUCUCUGUUGGAACUGGAAAAUCUCUCAAAAUAUAUCUGUGAGCUGACACUUCUGCAAGGAGAGACUUUCCUGUGCUUCCUGCCAUCACAGAAGGCAGCAGCCUCAUUGUACGUGGCAGCAGCUGCUCUCAAUAUGGACAAAUGGAUGGAGAGUGUUCCAAAGAAGUGUGGAUUUUCACUGAGGGAACUAGAGAGCUGCAUUCGGUACACCCACAAAUACUACAGCCUCGCCCCCAAACUCACCUGGACUGCAAUUCAGGACAAAUACAAGGACGAAAGAUUCGGUGAAGUUGCUGAGCGUGUCUGCCCUAAGAACAUCCCACUCCCUCUGGGAAUAUGAGGAUGCGGCUAUUUAUUUCCGACUUGUUCUAGACUGGAACUGGUUGUUGGAUUACUCGAUUUACUAAAGAGUUCAGCUAACAAGAAAAAGGCAGUCAAAUGGUGCUAUGAGUAUGAAUUAGGCACACAGAACAUACGAAAUGAGGCUACUAUUAUUGCGAACAUUCAUUAUGCAAUGUAACUUUUGUAAUUUUAUACGUAUUUUAAUGAGUAUUUAGGAAAUCGUUUUAGACUUGAAUUUGAAUUUUAAGUUGCUUCAAAUGCCACCUUUAUUUGUUUGAAAUAAUUCUUGUGGGCGUGUGUGGACUUUGAGUCAAUGUGUUGUGUGUAGAAGCAUACCAUUUAAUGCAAUAAUCCAACUUGUGAUUCCUCGUUUUCAA